UACGCUACUUCCAUUACGACAAACGAAAACCAAAAAAACGUGUUCUCAAGUUGAUAUUAUGAAAACUUCAGAGCUUCGGACUAACCUUUCGCUUUCUUUCACGUUGAUCACGUGCUAAAAUAAAAUUAUUUUUUGGAAUCAACAAGGAAAGUGCCCGAAUCGAUCAAUCAGAAGUCGUUUUCAAAACAUCGAAACUCCAUAAAUUUUGUGCUAUGCUGAUUUUUCCGUUGACACUGCCGACUUGAGAAGGAAAGCCACACGAGUAUGGCGGCACGACGGGCAGAAUCCAUGGAUCUAUCCGAAAUUCCACCAUCCACAACAACAAUCAGCACAGUCGCUGUCCAGGCAGGGAGAGCUAAGAUAGUUCUCGCAGUACUCAGGGUAAGCUGUGGUCCAAAAUUGUCACGGCUAGUGUUGUAUGGCAUGCCUUAAAACUGAAAACACAGCAUUGAGUAGCGGUAGUCUUAUCGUGGAUCAGAAGGAUUGUUUGAGAUUUUUACGUCCAAAAGAAGAUCGUUAAGUAACAAUAACAAUGAACAAGUUUUAGUAAACCUUACAAUAACAAUGAGAUGUUAUAGUAAACCUAACAAUGAAACACGUUAAUAAACCUAACAAUGAAACACGUCAGUAAACAUGAAAAUAUCAGUGAAACAUGAUAGUAAACCUAACAAUGACAAUGAAACAUGAUAGUAAACCUAACAAUAACAAUGAAACAUGAUAGUAAACCUAACAAUAACAAUGAAACAUGACAGUAAACCUAACAAUAACAAUGAAACAUGAUAGUAAACCUAACAAUGAAACACGUUAGUAAACAUGAAAAUAUCAGUGAAACAUGAUAGUAAACCUAACAAUGACAAUGAAACAUGAUAGUAAACCUAACAAUGAAACACGUCAGUAAACCUAACAAUGAAACACGUUAGUAAACAUGAAAAUAUCAGUGAAACAUGAUAGUAAACCUAACAAUGAAACACGUCAGUAAACCUAACAAUGAAACACGUUAGUAAACAUGAAAAUAUCAGUGAAACAUGAUAGUAAACCUAACAAUAACAAUGAAACAUGAUAGUAAACCUAACAAUAACAAUGAAACAUGACAGUAAACCUAACAAUAACAAUGAAAGAGAAACAAUAAAAAAAGGGGAUCGUGACGUAAGCUAGGCCAGGGAACUAGAUGCAGGGAAGGGCUACAACACACGGCCGUCCUGAAACAAUGUAUCCAUGGAUGAAAGGUGGAUACACAUAUUAUGUCUGAAACAAUAUAUCCACGGACCAAAGGUGGAUACACAGUUGUCUGAAGUUGGACGUGUGACUUUUCUGUCCUUUGUCCCAAGAUUGGCCUAAAAAAAUGAAACAUUUGAAAUGAUUGAGUUAUGAAGUACCGGUAGCACACUAAGGAAUUUAAGGGCGUGGCCGCUAUUGUUUUGGUACUCCUUCCUCUCAUUUUUAGUGGAUCCGCCGAUGCGUAAUGGCGAGGAAUGUUCAUAUAUUUGUAGUCACGUUUCUGGGUUAAUGAGAUGCUCACUAACGCACGCGCUACAGGUCAUUGAGCACACGCCAGCAAUGUGUCAUGGCUUUAACUCACUCAUACGUUGUGUUCGGUGUGCUGCACGUCUCUGUCUCUAGCACAUUUCUGUCUCUAGCACAUGUCUGCCUCGGGACUUUUUGUUCUGAAACUGUAUUGGAAACGAAUCAUAGGUCUAAACAUCUAAAUUAAGUAGGGAUAACUGUUCGUAUGUCCAACUUUCCAUAUGUCCAAUAAUCCGUUGUCCAACUUUCCAUAUGUCCAAUAAUCCGUUGUCCAACUAUCCUCCCUUCCAACUAUCCUCGUGUCCAACUUUCCUCCCUUCCAACUAUCCUCGUGUCCAACUUUCCUCCCUUCCAACUAUCCUCGUGUCCAACUUUCCUCCCUUCCAACUAUCCUCGUGUCCAACUUUCCUCCCUUCCAACUAUCCUCGUGUCCAACUUUCCUCCCUUCCAACUAUCCUCGUGUCCAACUUUCCUCCCUUCCAACUAAACAGUAUAGACAUUCUAUUAAUUUCUAAUAGGUCAUAGGUCACACCAAAAUCUUGUGAUCUCCCUCUCUAAAACUCUAAAAAGUGAAUCUGAAAGAAAUGAAAAGAGUAACGACUUAAUUAAUAAUGAAACCGAGUGACACCAAUCUGGUGUCUGACUAUUCAGCAAUACGUGACUUGAAAGCUUGGACUAUCAUUGUGGGAUGGCACAAGCAUACAAUACAUAACAAACGGGACUGGAAGGCGGGUCAAAGGAUGACAAUGGGAUGUUACAGGCUUGCAGAAAGGCGUCUCUAAGAAAAAAAACAAAAACAAGAACAACACGUCUCUUGCUUUAUAUACUAGGGCUUAACCGGGUGCACUUUUUGAAACCGGGUCCGGGUAUGUAAAGAAAAUACCCGGUGAGUCAAAGUGUUCCAAAAAAGAGUUACCUUCUCAUUGUCUAUCAUGUAUGCCGGCCUUUAAACAAUGAGCCUUCAGGCAGCCCUCAACCGUAGCCAUCGGCCAUAAACCACUAGUCCUUUAGACAGUCCUACACCCAAACUGCCGGCCUUUAAACAAUGAGCCUUCAGGCAGCCCUCAACCGUAGCCAUCGGCCAUAAACCACUAGUCCUGUAGACAGUCCUACACCCAAACUGCCGGCCUUUAAACAAUUGUCCUACAGACAGCCCUACAUAAUAUAGAUUAAUAUAACAGUCGUGUCCCCCUCAUGAAAAAGAAAUACCUGAGUUCACACGUCACGCAUGACAGCCUCCCCCCCCCCCUAUUCAGUACUAUUAAAAUAAUGCUUGUGGAAAUGGGGUGGGCCCGGUUUCGAACAGGAAGCAGGACACACCAGAAGCAAACUAUAUUUACUAGAUGUAUGUGCCAAACCCUCCCUAUGUUUUUGUCCGAAUCGAACAUAAAAAUAAAUGAAAAAAAUAAUUUUAAAAAUCGUUCAUUCCAUCACAAUGGCCUGAUCCUAAUUCAACUCAUUCCAUCAGGAUUAUCUUCGCCCACAAUCACUCACCAUUGGGAUGUUCUGAUCCCCACUCAUCAUACCAUCACAAAAAAGCUAAUAUCACCACAUACUCCCCCCCAACCCACUAACGCCACAUGUUUACAACACCCCGACACAUUUUUGCACCAUGCCUCCAUGUUACACCAGUCUAUUCCAGUCAUCCAACGCCCAAAUUUAAACAAAAAAACGCCAAGCUGCCUCAACUUCUCUUAGAUUACCGUCUGCACAUUUGACUGCCGUUAGUGGUUUCAUUUGACCUGAAUCCGUUCCCUGGAACCGUCAGCCAUUAUACCAUAGCACUAGAGCCGUCGGGCCCUUUAUCAUCGACACAUUAUAAUUUCUUAUUACGUCCGUACAACUAAUUUUUUAAUGCAUAAUUUCUUGUAAUAAAUAAUAAUUUGUUUUUAAGGAUUUAAAGCACAAUUUAUACACCUUCUACGCAGGUCGUGCAAACCUGGGUUAAGCAAGGGCGCAUGACUCCAAACAGCUUGGGACCCACUGUCAAUACGUCAUUAUAAGAGUAGUGCAAACAUAAUAGAAAUGUAAAUAUCGAGAUGAACUACAAGUUACAAUUCCGUUAAUGUACCUCUGUUAAAACUUAAUAGAGUCAAUUUAAAAAAUAAAAAAAAAACAGAUUGCAACUCAGUAUGUCUUAGGUGGCGCACUAUCAAGCCAUUAUCAAUGUUUUUGAUGAAUUCAGAUGAACAUUUUCACCCUGUAUCUUAACUUAGACCAGGUUUUCACAAGGUGUCACAGGUCCAAUUCUAACUUAACCAGUGCACAGAGAGAUAGCGAUUCUUAUGAAUCUUCAAGGCAUCGCGGCGCACAGUUUGGGAACCUCUGGGCUCUAACAUGUUUUUGUGGGUAGUUUAUGACACAUUCUAUUGUAUUCUGUGACUUAUUAAAAAAAAGGACCCCUCCCACUUUCUGACUCACACAAGAUAAGCGUCUGACAUAUGGAUUUUAACGUUAAAAACGGAGUCUAUUUAAAACAUCAGACUGAAAAAGAAAUGUUACAAUUUACUAUUUCUCUCUCUCUCUCUCUCUCCCCCAUCUCUGACUCCUUUCUGAAACAUGUUGAUAUCCUUUUCUUGAAAGUUAUGCUACUCACAUAUUAAAAAAACAAAAUCCAUUUUCAUCCCACCCGUCCCCCUCACAUGCCACCCUCCCCUGACUUCCACCUACAUUCUCAUACAUCUGUUUCUACGUCCAAACUUGGCUCACUGCUUCUCAAGUCCACGAUGGACACCACAUGCCAAUACGGUGGAGAAGGAUUGGACUAGUUAACGUCACAAACAAUCCGCGUCCUAGACAAGCCGUCCUUGCCACAUUUCUUGUUUCCAGUUACUUUCAAAUGUGACGUCCUCGACUUUACGACAUUUGCCAAAAUGUCUCCUUCCUGUGUAUGACGUCAUAUCCCCUGUCACUCCCUUAAAUAUAAAGUGUGUUACUAUGGAGUAUUAAACAUUAUUGCCAAGUAGACCCCAACAACUAGAUAUCAGAUACAUACUACUGAUGUCGUUCUACUGUUUUUCCAAUUGGCAGAAAGCAGUACCGUACUUGUUAAAUCAAAAGUAGAGGUUGUAUGUUAAUGGAAUAAGUGCCAUCCUAUACACGUCCAACAUUGUAUGAUUGAAGUGCAUAUUCAGUUGUUUUAUGAUUGAAAGCUUAUACUUAUAUCUCAAGGAUCAUUCAAUUUACCUUCUUUAACUGCGAAACUCUUCUUCUCCGUUACAGUACAGUUUAAAUAUCACACGCAGUUUGAGAACCAGUUUCGUGUUCUUCUAGUAUGUUUAUAUAUAUUCUAAAACCGUUUGAGAACCAUUGUAUUGUUCUUCUACCGUGCUGAUAUCUAUCCCAAAACCUUUUGGUAAAUCCUGUCUUGCCCAUCUACCGUGCUGCAAGAUAUCGCAUAAAGUUUGAGAACCCAUGUUUUGUCCAAUUACCGUACUGAUAUAUAUCGCAUAAAGUUUGAGAACUCAUGUCUUGUCCAUCUACCGUACUGAUAUAUAGUGCAUAAAGUUUGAGAACCCAUGUCUUGCCCAAUUACCGUACUGAUAUAUAUCGCAUAAAGUUUGAGAACCAUUGUCUUGUCCAUCUACUGUGCUGAUAUAUAGCACAUAAAGUUGAGAACCCUUGUCUUGUCCAUCUACCGUGCUGAUAUAUAUCGCAAAAAAGUUUGAGAACCAUUGUCUUGUCCAUCUACUGUGCUGAUAUAUAUCGCAUAAAGUUUGAGAACUUUUGUCUUGUCCAUCUACCGUGCUGAUAUAUAUCGCAUAAAGUUGGAGAACCUUUGUCUUGUCCAUCUACUGUGCUGAUAUAUAUCGCAUAAAGUUUGAGAACCUUUGUCUUGUCCAUCUACCGUGCUGAUAUAUAUCGCAUAAAGUUUGAGAACCUUUGUCUUGUCCAUCUACUGUGCUGAUAUAUAUCGCAUAAAGUUUGAGAACCUUUGUCUUGUCCAUCUACCGUGCUGAUAUAUAUCGCAUAAAGUUGGAGAACCUUUGUCUUGUCCAUCUACUGUGCUGAUAUAUAUCGCAUAAAGUUUGAGAACCUUUGUCUUGUCCAUCUACCGUGCUGAUAUUGAACCUUUGUCUUGUCCAUCUACUGUGCUGAUAUAUAUCGCAUAAAGUUUGAGAACCUUUGUCUUGUCCAUCUACCGUGCUGAUAUAUAUCGCAUAAAGUUUGAGAACCUUUGUCUUGUCCAUCUACCGUGCUGAUAUAUAUCGCAUAAAGUUUGAGAACCUUUGUCUUGUCCAUCUACUGUGCUGAUAUAUAUCGCAUAAAGUUUGAAUACCAUUGUCUUGUCCAUCUACCGUGCUGAUAUAUAUCGCAUAAAGUUGGAGAACCUUUGGUUUGUCCAUCUACCGUGCUGAUAUAUAUCGCAUAAAGUUGGAGAACCUUUGUCUUGUCCAUCUACUGUGCUGAUAUAUAUCGCAUAAAGUUUGAGAACCUUUGUCUUGUCCAUCUACCGUGCUGAUAUAUAUCGCAUAAAGUUUGAGAACCUUUGUCUUGUCCAUCUACCGUGCUGAUAUCUCUGCUGCAGUGCAGCCCUGACUCACCAUUAGCAGUGUUAGGAUUACUCUAAUCUUUGCGAUGUUCAGAUUAUCUGAUUGCAAGGGUACCCUGGAUGUGGCAGGGGUCAGGCUUCUGUCUUGUCUGCUGAUACCUGUAGAUGCAAGUGCGUGUGUGUGUGGUGGGUGGGGGGAAGGCAAGGUUUGAUAAAAUGGGGGUACAUUUUUUACCAACUUCUGCUCUCUUAAGUCUCUCUAUAACUCUGCUUGUCCCUCCUUCCUUUGCCCUUAUUCUCCUACAAAGUUUCGUUCCACCUUUCUCUGUCCAUAUGCCUCAUCAACAUUCGCCCCAACCUCUGCCCUUAUCCCUCCUGUCUCUGCCCAUACCACUCUCGCACAGUCUCACCGACCUUUUCCAUUAUUCUUCAUCUGCCCUAAUCCCUUCUCCCUAUACUCUUAUGCCUCCCAACACUUCCCUUAUUACCCCAGUCUCUACUCCAUUAGCCCCUAUCCCUCAUAACUCUGCCCUAUCUCUCCUGCCUCUGCCCUAUCUCUCCUGCCUCUGCCCUAUCUCUCCUGCCUCUGCCCUAUCUCUCCUGCCUCUGCCCUAUCUCUCCUGCCUCUGCCCUUAUCCGCCACAGCCUCCUACCUCUGCCAUUAUCUCUCCUACCUCUGCCAUUAUCCCUCCUACCUCUGCCCCAUAUUCAUUCUACCUGUGCCCCAUAUUCAUCCUACCUCUGCCCCAUAUUCAUCCUACCUCUGCCCCAUAUUCAUCCUACCUCUGCCAUUAUCCCUCCUACCUCUGCCCCAUAUUCAUCCUACCUCUGCCCCAUAUUCAUCCUACCUCUGCCCCAUAUUCAUCCUACCUCUGCCCCAUAUUCAUCCUACCUCUGCCCCAUAUUCAACCUACCUCUGCACAUUAAUNNNNUCCUUCCUACUCCUACUCUUCUCUCUCCUACCUUUGGCGCCCCCCCCCCCUUUGCACAUUCUCCUGUCUCUGUCAUCAUAUUGUAUGUACAGUUUCUUCAACAUUGGCAAAAAUAAACUGAUUAUUGCUAUAUAAUACUAUAAUAUAGUAUAUUUAGUGGUAAUAUAGUAUAUUUAUAACAUUUUUCUUGACACUUAAUUAUUGUUGAGUGAAUAUAAUAAAAUAAUAUGGAAGAAAUUUUCUAUUUGCAUGCCAUGAUUAUACCUACAAAAAAAAACAAUUUAUUCUUUUAUUUCAAUGAAAUUUCCAUGUAAUCUUUUUUAUGUAGGCUAUAGUUUGAAUUGUUUUACCUCUUAAAAAAGUUUUACUUUUUAAAUAAAAAUAAAUAUGGCGGUCAUCAUACUGCGCAACCGUACGUAUCAUUCAUUAUCAGUUAAAAUUUGAAGAAAUUAAGUUCAUAUUAUUAUUUUUGUGUGAGAUGAGUUAUAAAUAUUACUUUGGACGUAGAGCGACGGUUAUGUAAUACUUUGUUAAAACAAAAUGUCAUAUGAAAUGAGAGUUACCUUACGAAAAAUUCCAUUAAUUUAGUCGUAGCUAAACUAAGCUUAGCAGACGACGGACUUCCAGUUCCAGACAGACGGCAGACUUCCAGUUCCAGACAGACGGCAGACGGGGAUUAAUAAUAAUUUGACAGUAACUAUUCCAUUAUAAUAUCUUUAUAUAAUUAACUAUUAGUUGUAUUAAUGUGUAUCAUUUACAAUUUAGGACUUGCUACCAUAUAUACAUUAAAUUGUAAGACUGAGAAUUAAGACUACUCAGGCUUAAUAAAAAAAAAUAAAGGCACUGAAAAUGGAUUAUGGCUAAUUUAAUAAUACUUUAAUACUAAGGAUCAAUGACUAAUGAAAUGAGUUACAUCACCAGGAACACUGCACUCAAUUCAGGUGCUAGACCUACCGACUUUCGAAAUCCAAUAUUAUUUAUUACAAUUUUUAUUUUUUUAAAAUUGGAAGAUAUACCCUCUUUAUUUAUAGUCACAGAUACCUACCAUCAGCUUGACUAGGACGAAUUCUUUUCCUUAAAGUUAGGGACCAAAAGAUAUAAUUAUAAAAUUCAUUUGUUCCCCAUAUCUAUCAGUAUAUAAAAACGACUCUUAUCUUAUCAGUUAUCUUAUAAUUAUAAGUUAUAAGUGACUUAAAAUUAAAAUAUGUAAACAACUUGUGGUCUGGCGUAUCGGCCAUUAUAACAGAAAUGUGUUAAAGUAAGUCUGUCAUAAGGGCAAUACCCACUAGAACUCAAAAUCUGCUAAAUUGACCACGCCCAACCCAAAUGGAUGCUAAAUUUUUGCAUAAUUUUAUAAUAUUUAGAUUAGUAAUCAUGUGUGUACAUUGAGAUAUGCUAUCAGUGCAGCUUUGAACUGCGAUUCAGUUCUUUGCCUAUGCCUUGAGUUUAAGUUCUAUGCCUUGAUCCAGUUCUAUACCUUGAGAUCCAGAUCUAUACCUUGAGAUCCAGUUCUAUGUCUUGAGGUCUAGUUCUGUUCCUUUAGGUCCAUUUCUGUUCCUUGAGGUCCAGUUCUAUGCCUUGAGGUCCAUUUCUGUUCCUUGAAGUGCGGUUCUGUGCCUUAAGACUAUAAUUUUGAAAAAGGAUGAAACGUGUUGUAGUUCCAUUGCCUUGAUGCUGUCUGACUAACAUUUCGUUCCCCAAGUCUCUCCCACCGGCACGUGCCGUGUUCUCUCCUUACACACACCUGGCCGUGCCUACAGUCACCUUGUACCCCGUAGCUAUGGCAACACCUUUCUGGCUUAUCUUGUUGGCAUGUGUGCUGUGUCUCUGAUGGUGGGUUAUCUUUGGCACGGGUUGGGGGAUGAGGAGUGUUGCCACGUCAUUUUGGGAUGCAGAUCAAUAAAUAUUGGAUAUCUGAUGAGAUUAAGUUGGACGAUCCAGUAAAGCUGUGCGGUCAUCCGUUGAGUAGGUGGGGGGCUCGAUGAAAAAAAACAAAAAAACACUCACUCUUUGUUGAAUAAUUGUUACACUAUUGUUCUCCCUUGACAGCCUAAAAGGGAUAGUUAAUACAAGUUAUCCCUUCACAUUUCCAAUGACAGAAAAGGGUGAAUAGUUAAUCAUAAUUCACAACUUUAAGAAAUAAAAUGUUCUUGAUUCACGUCACUAAUAAAAACGUUUCUCCAGUUGCUGACGCUGAAAUAUGUCUUGGAAUGUUGUUAAAGGUCUCAGUCGGGAGUGUGGCUGUUUCAGGAUUUCCUCAGAAGACAAUAAUUUAUAUAUAUAUAAAGAUAAUAUAUAUAUCGUGAAUGAUUGAUGGUUUGUAGAUUAUUUCAUUUAUCAUUUUAUUUAAUUUUUAAACGUCGGCUGGCAUUGGGGGGUCGGGUUGGGGUUGACCUCUGCUGAAAGAUCCUCAAGAACUAUACUCACAUAAUAAUAAUACAUUGUCUUGUUAAGACACCCAGACUUACUGAGUAGUCAUAACAACAAUGUACGUGGUUUGUGAACUGGCUCUCUAACAGCUAUGUAAGCUUUUUAUUUUCAGUCUCUUACCUUAAAGUCCAUCUCUCUUUUUUUUUUCUAUUUUAUGUGUUCAUUUUCGUAGCGACAAUUUCACUGGUGUAAUCCUUUUCUGACCCAAUACACCCAAGUCCAUUUUUCUGCUUUAGCUAGCCUGUUAGUCCACACGUUUGGGCUUUUGUUGUUACCGGAACUCCACACUCUCAGCUCUACGUGUGUCUGACUUAUCAUGUCACCCAGCUGUCUUGAUCUAAAGCCAUUUAUUGUUCGAUUGAUAAUGUCUGAAUUAAAAAAACAAAAACAAACAUAAAACCCAAAAACAACAGCAACUAUACACAACACAUCAAUAUUAUAUCAAGGUAGCAGGGAUGUUAGGAAAGAAUUGGUGGAAUCUUUGAAAAGACGAUAUGAACACGACUUUUUGAGAUAUGUGUUUCGAGUCCCCUAAGCACUAAUUUUAGACUACAAAAAUAAGUCAUAUGAUGGCUCUUAUUGUACAUCGUACAUCUCCCAUCUACUAGGUUUAGAAAUUAUCAAAAUGCUUUAGGUGCUUUAGGUGUUAUAUUACAGUCCUAUUAAAUUAUUAUUAUAUAUAUAAACAUAUAAACAUUAUAUAUAUAAACCCCAUUUACUAUAUAUAUAUAUAUAGUAAAUGGAGUUCAGAUAGUAGCCCAUUAGAAGGUUAUAUAAUGCUCCGAGAUUUCAGAACAAAAAUCAAAAUGCAUUUAGAAAAAAACAAAACAAUUUGAGGAGAGCACCAUUGUGUGAAACGUUAGUGCCCAUUAUAGAGAACAUGAGUACACAACUAUAGUAUAUGUUUGUCUGAAAAAUUACACUGUAUUUCUUUGUGUUACUUGAAUACAAGCUACUUCAUGGAAACGCACUAGGAUUUAUUAUCUUAGCGCUACACUCCAGUACUGAGAAUAAUUUGAUGAACCCUUUGCACAAAUCGUGUACCUGGAUUCGCCCCACCCAAACUUUUGUAAGCAGUGGGUAGAGAAACUGCUUUAUUUCUGACAGCAGGCUCAGACGCUAUACAAUAUAAACUAUUCUCGUUGUUGUAGGAAAUGACUCAUUGGAUCUUGGAGGCUCUUGAGCAGCUAAUAAGUUUCCAGAAAUAAAGAGGUCCACUUGUUGUUCCCAUGAUUUUAUUUCCCGCCCCCUCUGUGCACUGUUGAAGCAUACCAAAAUAGACGAUUCCUCAUCGUGUGGUUAACUUAAGAAACAAAAGGCUUAAUCUUUUUUAAAUAAGUAUGUAUUUUACUGUGAAUUUUUGGUGAAAAGAGAUGACUCUUGAGACAAGCUGAUUAUUAGAUUCCUUUUUGUGUGAACUUUUAGAAGUUGAGAUAAAGCUCCAUAUAGUUGUAUCACUUCUUUUGCACGUGCUGAAACAUUUUUUUUUAAAAACCGCAGUGAUGCUAAAUAAUUAGUUUCGUACAUUAUUUUGAUGCUAAAAACGCAUUUAAACCAACGUUGUGGUUUUGAACCAUUUAUGCAUGCACUCGCACAUACAUUAAAGAAGCAUUUAUUCACUUUCCAUAGUGACGAAUCUAAGUGUCGUGUUAGUAUGGCCUAGGAUUGCAUACCCUAUCAAUGUUGAAUUAUUCCCCUGGUUUCUUCACAGAGCUCAGAAUGGGUCCGGGUCAGAGUUCACCAGAUGGAGCCGGACCUCAUGGACGUCGGGUCCAAUCUGGAAGAAGCUCUACAACUGCAGCGAGAACAUGAACAGCUCAUUGCUAGGUUAAAGGUCAGUAACGACUGCAGUCUAUGUGGGCGUCUGUUGGAGUGUCUGUGUGGGUGGCUGUAGGAGGGUGUGUGUAAGGUUAUGGCUGUCCUUGUGAGUGGAUGUCUGUGAGAGCGUGACUAUGAGGGGCUCUGAGAGUCUGGGUGUCUGAAAUUGUGGGUGUCUGAAUUUCGUCUGUAUGAGAUUGUGUCUGAGAUUCGGUGUGUCUGAAACUGCGACUAUCUGAAAUUGUCGCUCUCUGAUUUUGUGUGUCUCUGAGAUUGUGGGGCAGUCUGGGACUAUGUGUGUCUGAGAUUGUGUGUGUCUGAGAUUGUGUGUGUGCGUGAGAGUCAGUGAGGCUGUCCGUGUAAAUGUGGGUGGGGUCGUGGAGAAGAAUAACUGAGGGGAGUGACAAUACAACGCAUUUUUGACAUAGUGUAACGGUGCCAUUUUCACCUACUGUUAAAUAAACGUGGUAUGACGGUGUCAUUUUCACCUACUGUUAAAUACACGUGGUAUGACGGUGUCAUUUUCACCUACUAUUAAAUAAACGUGGUAUGACGGUGUCAUUUUCACCUACUAUUAAAUAAACGUGGUAUGACGGUGUCAUUUUCACCUACUGUUAAAUAAAGGCAGAUCAAGUAUUUUGUACCGAGCGCAUAGAAAGAAGUGCGUGGGGAGGAGAGGGUUGUUUGGCAUUACACAGUAAUUCUGGUGGCACACAAUACGUUUUCCUGGUAACCCUAGUGGAAUGGUAGAAGAUGCUUUGUAAGAAGACACCCCUGACAUUUACCACGAGCCAAGGUACGACUGGCAGAAGUUCAACAAGACAAAGUCAUGAUGCCUUUAAGUAAGGGGAUGUGGAGCUUACUAAUAUGACGCGUCUUUGGAAGCUUUGUAAUAUAUGUUUUAUUACUUUUUAAAACACAUUUGCUCUCUUCAUUAAUUCAAAGUAUGGCUUAUACUUAAUGUAUGUGUGUGUGUGUGCGCGCGCGCGCGCUUGUGUUUUGUGAGUAGGUGUGUGUGUGUGUGUGUGCAUCUUUAUUUUGUGAACGUUUUAAUGGGAAUGCCUCUAACCAUCUACACACCCACUGUCUUUUAAAAUCAGGCCCAGUAACUUCCAGUGGCAUACAGUUGAUCAAGUAGAGGACAGAUUUGAAUUUAAACCAAACAAUUCUUCAAAAUAGCAAAACGUUAUAUUCAAUCAAACUAUAUCACCUAAAUUAGAAUUAAGUUAAUAUUUUUUUAAUAAUUAAAUUUCAUAGAUUGUAUUCUAAUGACAUAUUAGCACUCAGGGCCGGAUUAAGCCAUCUUGUAUUCUAAUGACAUAUUAGCACUCAGGGCCGGAUUAAGCAAUCUUGGUGCCCUAGGCACAAACCCACAUGGGUGCCCCCUGCUGCCCCGGGCCCCCCGAUCCUCCACUGACUGCUGGUAUGUUCAUUAUUAUGCAAAAAACUAACAAAGAAAACAGUUGUGAAAUGUAAACACAUGUUUCUACUAUCACUCAUAUAAAACCUACAAUAAGGUAUUUGUGUAUUAAAAUUAAUAGAUGUGCGAUGCUAUAUACACAUUUUUCUUGACGACUUGUGGUGCCCCCAAAAGCUUGGUGCCCUAGGCACGUGCCUUGUUUGCCCAAUGGUUAAUCCAGCACUGUUAGCACUUGUAAUGGGUCUGUUCAUGACACGCACGAGCCUCUCUCCAUUAGCUUUGAAUCUCCCAGUCGAAAUAAAGCCGUAAAGCCUGCAGUUUUAUGUUGCUACAGUUGAAUGAUACUGAGGUGAAUUCAAUUUAUCUUUAGAUGCCUGACCUUCUCAAAAUAAAACAUUUGGUUGUUAUUUUCUAUCUUAAACAAUCGCAGACGUUCGUGUCUCGGAGUUCACGCGUUCAAUAAAAUCCAUCCUUACCCAUUACAUAGUUUAUGAAUGUAUAUUUUGAUGGACAUCUGAUUAUUCUGAUCAAGGACAUGUUGUAAAGGAGUAGAGUCUGCUUCUCUCAGCUGAAGCGAAAUAAGUGCGUUUUAACAUUGAACUACAACCGCCCCUCCUCCCCCCCCCCCAACCACCUCCUCGAACUACUCCGCAAACAAAAUAGAUUUGAAAUUGAGGGUGUACUAGAGAAUAUGAAUUCCUUGGAAAAACGAAGUUAAUAGGCUUGGCAUUUACCAUAUUUUUGUUGCCUGGUGCUCAGCCAAUGUUUCACCUGCUCACUUGGCAUCGUCUUGCCGGGCCACAACCUCCACAACGGUAUACCAUUACCGUAUGACGUGGAGCCGCACCGCACGGGCUCGUUACUGGGAGACGGCAACGUGUUUCACAAUGUCCACCUCGGCGGGGCUCGCCAUCUUAGCGCUUGGUUGAUAAAAUCUCUCUACUGAUUCUUCAGCGACGUUUGUCUCUACCUUGCAUGCCAUUCACAUGAUAUCCAUGAUUUUGGCCAGAGCCACGGAAUAGGAAGAGACGUUUUGAUUUCCACCACGCAUCUCAUGCAAAGUCGGGCUUCCGCAUUUGAUUUCAAGGGUAUUUUCCCCCCAACUGAACAAUGGUUCAAUAAACGAUCAGUUUUAACAGCUUUAUCCUUAUUACAAAAUAUUUGUGGAAAAAAAAAAAGAUUACACGAACUAUCUUUCCCUAUGAUAAAAUAGGAGAGUUGAGGGGUGUCAGAUAAGAAUGGGGGCCUGUUUGUACUGUGAGUAAGUUUGUGUAAGAGGAGUCUAGUGUGUAUUAUGAGUAGGUGUGUGUUAGUGGGGGUCUGGUGUAGAGACCGACCGAAUUUCGGCUUCGGCACCGAAAGUAGCCAUUUGAUCACUUUCGGCCUAGUUUCGGUUUUGGUCGAAACUGAAAAGUUAACUUUCGGUUUACUUUCGGUUUCGGCUGAAAGUCAUUUUUAAAUUUCGGCCUGGUUCGGUUUAGGCCGAAAUAAAAAAAAAUCACUUUCGGUCGCUCUAGUCUAGUGGCUAAUGUCAGUAGUUGGUUUGAGGGAUCUACUGUGUUUUGUGAGAAGUGUGCGUUUCGGGCGUCUAGUGUGAGUAGUUGUGUUUGAGAGGGGUCUAUUGUGUAUUGUGAGUGAGUGUGUGUUGAAGGGUGCCCAGUGUGUACUGGGAGUCGAUGUGUUGUAGAGAUAUGGGUACGAGUCAAAUCUUCAUUCAUGCCAGGAAAUCUCGCAACAUGCUUUCGUGUGAUGUGUUGUCGUUGGCAACUAUGACGUCAGUGGCAAUGUGUUGAUUGCUGUGUGUAAAGCUGGUUGGCUUGUAGGUCUGAGGGUGUAUAUAUAAUCUGUGUUGUAAUAUGUCAGCUUGGUUUUCCAAACUUUGAGUGCACAUUGAAAACAACCGAAAACAAGCUCCACCUGCCACUUCUAUUUUCACUGCUCCUUUUUAUCUCCUCUGUUAUCGUUUUUCUUUUCUGUCUUCCACUUGUUGUCAGACCUCGGCAUCUCAAAAAUACAUCAAACAGUUUUGAAAGUAAAAUGAUACGGACAGUUUGAACCAAUUUUGCAAGUAUCUUAAUAGUAUGUCUUUUAAAAUCAUUGAAAAAACGUGACGUAGACAAGGGAUGGAACUGAUGGAUACACGACAAGGCAAGUUAAUAUACACAAUUCUAAUGCUAUAGCCGACUGUGAUAGUCUAUUGGAUGGAAAUUAUUAUCUCACGCCGCUGCAGCUGUAAUCAGUGACGUAGCUAGGGUUAGUGCCGCUCGGGGCGGACCCAGCAUUUUCCCGCCCAUGUUACAAAAAAAAACCCCUCUGCAAUUGGUAGGAUAUGCCGCACCUCUCUAUAGGAAGAAAAAAAUACCGUCAGGGGCGGGCCGCCCCCUCCUCACCCCAUUCCUACGCCACUGGGUAGAGUGAAAAACACUGAGGCGUAGGAUAGAAUAAAAGCUUCAUGUUUGCUCACUGACAACUACAAAAUACUAUAUAGAGAACAUUUAUAUCACUAUUAACUACUUUAUAGGACUAUCCUGUACUUAAACUCAUUCAGUAAUGACUUUUCCAUGCUGUACUUUUACAACCACCUACCAACUUUUCCUCAUUUAUUAAAGUUCGUGUCUGAGGCAGAGAAUUCUACCCUUACAAACACGACUCUCUCCUCUCCCCCCCCCCCCACUGCCGCUCCCGUGAGCUCAUCCUGAGGCCAUGAGCAUGCAGGUAAUACUGCUAGCGCCUGGCUCUCAAAAUAGCUUCUANCAUUUAUCUACCCGUGUCCCCCCCCCCCUUGUCUAGUUUAUAGCUGAGGGGUUUAGGAGAGCUCGUGCGGCACGGCGUGACCACAUCAUGUUUGAUUGUUGUUUUUGACUUUGAAUGACUUGGUGGCGUGACCACAUCAUGUUUGAUUGUUGUUUUUGACUUUGAAUGACUUGGUGGCGUGACCACGUCAUGUUUGAUUGUUUUUUUACUUUGAAUGACUUGGUGGCGUGACCACGUCAUGUUUGAUUGUUGUUUUUGACUUUGAAUGACUUGGUGGCGUGACCACGUCAUGUUUGAUUGUUGUUUUUUACUUUGAAUGACUUGGUGGCGUGACCACAUCAUGUUUGAUUGUUGUUUUUUUUUACUUUGAAUGACUUGGUGGCGUGACCACAUCAUGUUUGAUUGUUGUUUUUUACUUUAAAAAAAACUUUGGUGGCGUGACCACAUCAUGUUUGAUUGUUUUGUUUUUUUUACUUUGAAUGAUUUGGUGUCAUGGGAUUGUGAGUGUUAUUGCGUCAGCUCAUUAAACGUGUUCCCCACUACAUUGACCUAAUUGCCGUAUCUAUUCUAUUGAGAAGAUGGUAAGAAACGUCACUGUUGUCCAUGCGCUGGGUGUGCGGUCAGGCACACAUGAAAUGACUGGACUUUUGUCUUUAAAUAGAUAAAUAUUAAAUUUCCAGCUUGGAUAUUAUGCUUGGAAUAGUUAAGAAGGACUCCACUAAUGUCCACUUUAAUUAAGGAAAAGCAAGCAAGCUGCAACAAAACUCUAAAUUCCAAUGAAUUAAUGCGAAGGUCAGGGAAAAGGUGGGGGCAAAGUGACCUGAAUCGAGUUUCGUAACUGUUCUGUCGGACUCGAAACAGGUAUGUCCAACUUUGACCAUGUCGUUGGGGACAAUCGUAUGUAAAUGUGAGCUAGCGUUAUGUAAUUGUGAACCAUUGGUUAUGCAGGUGUGAUUGUGUAAGACGUACACGAGGUCAAAAGUUUCCCUGUUACGUAAAGUCAUUUUCCUGACAUAAAACGCUGCACAACCGUCAUCGCGAUUACCUGGAUUCCAAAAUCUCGGAGUCAGCAGAAACUACGGAAAUGGUGGAUACAUUAAAGGGUGGAGUGGUGGUGUUGGGUUUGGGGUGCGGGGGGGGGGGGAGGGAUGCCGGCGGACUCUGGCGGUUUGGGGUUUGUUUUAUCUUCUUAUAGAUGUGACAUUGAUACAGACUCUUAGUGUUUGCUUUCGUUAUACCCAUCUAAACAGCUAAAUGUCAUAAUGUUUUUGUUGAGGUUGAGGUUUGGGUUUUUUAUUUAGUCUCCAAGCAAAACCACCGUCCGUGUCAUUGUGGUGGGGGGGGUGGGGGGGUGGGGGUGGGGGGGGGGGGGGGGGGGGGAGGGAUGCCGGCGGACUAUGGCAGUUUGGAGUUUGUUUUAUCUUCUUAUAGAUGUGACAUUGAUACAGACUCUUAGUGUUUGCUUUCGUUAUACCCAUCUAAACAGCUAAAUGUCAUAAUGUUUUUGUUGACGUUGAAGUUUGGGUUUUAUAUUUAGUCUCCAAGCAACACCACCGUCCCUGUCAUUGUGGAUGUUUGGUUAAUGUCCUGUGACAGCUUACGACUUGUCUUUCUACUUUAUCCCCUAUAUCUACGGUCUUUCACUUGACGGACUCGGUCUUUCUCUUUGCAACCUCGGUCUCCAUCGGAGACUUGAUGCCACUGUUGCGCCGCUAAAUAGCAUUCAUCAUCCGUGUGAGUAGUGGGACUUAGCCGGCUCUCAGCUCACGUCCUUGUUUUAGAAUGGUGCAUGGAAAUACUGUUGAUAGACUAACAGUUGUAAACUGUUGAUAGACUAACAGUUGUAAACUGUUGAUAGACUAACAGUUAAAAAGGGCGGAGGGGUGUAGUUACAGAGUGUUUUUAAAAAAAAUUAAGUGACCCGGGGGGAGGGGGGGGGGCAAAAACUUCGGGUGGGUGGUAUAAAUAGGUAAAAAUCUAGUCUAUGUUUAAAAAAGAAAACGGGUUCACUGUGAUCUCCGUGGCCAGGCGUGCCCAAGAUUCACGUCUAGUUGAUGUAUUUCAAUGCAGAUUGAAACUUUGCAAGAUAUAACCAACAGAUGUGAUGUUAUACAUUGACACUUUUUAGACUUAAGCGCUGACAAAAUAGAUGGAAAUAGCUCAAUGGGGACAUUGUAUGCUUUAAUGUGCAUGGAGUGUUUAUGCAACACAAUAUUCUUGGCAAGGACAGACUGACAUUUGAAAUUAUGUUUCUGCUUUCAGUCAAAAGAGGAUGAAGUCCAUCAGCUUCUGCGGACCAUUGAUGCCCAGGCUGACCAGAACCGGUCCCAAGUGGACGUCCACAACGCCAUGGCGGACACACUGGCCGAAGCCUGGAAGGACCUCAACGACAAGCUAGCGUACAGAGGAACACUCUUGGAGCAGAGUGUAGGCUUCCACCAGAGUGCACAAGAUGUGAGUUGAAUGGUGGUCCCUUGAGAAAGUGAUCAAGUCAUGGAAGUUGUACGGUUGACUUCCCUUUUUUAACACAUAGCUCUUUUAUUAAAAUGUUUUGGAGAGCACAAAUAGAUCAGGUUGCUUUAGGUUUGGAAUUAAAGUUUAGAAUUUCUCUCACAUAAAUUGAUGAGACUUUUUGAAAUGUUCCCAGCUGGCCUCUUCGAUGGAACAAGCACAGAAAAACUUCUCCAAAGUUCCCCUUGCCACAGAUGUGGAAACAGCACAGAGACUUUUAGACCAACAUCUUGACAUGAAAAAUAGUGAGUUCUCAUUGUAUUAUCAGAGCCUUGGGGAGCCGGUCUAGACUUAAAGUAUCAUUAUGUAAACAUCUUGUUUCCUCAUGAAAGAUGACUUUUGUUUGUGGAUUGGCACUCACAACAUAAUGUCACACACCUUUGAUCAUUGGAUAUCAAACAACUUUGAUCAUUUGAUCGAAGAGGGGUCUAAGAGAUUUGUGUACAACAAUAUACACACGCUAGCCAUUGCUAAUACUCUGUCUGCUUUUCAAAAGCCCUUUCUCAAACAUGAAAGAAAAAUUGACAUGUUUUUUGUCAACAUAAACCACUUUAAAUCUAAAUUUUCUGAAUUGCAAAACACAGGAAAUACUUUAAACACAUUCUUAACCAUCUGGGUCUAUUACCAUGAUUAUUAUUUUUUUUUUAAAUUAUGGCGUAAAAAAAAAUUUAACACAAAUAUUAUAUAGUGUGCUAUGGUGAUAUGAAAAUUAAUGUUUAGAAUAAUAAACCUUGAACAAAUUGUCCAGGUAUUCUGGAAACUUCUAAGGCCACCCUGGACAUGGGUCAGUCCCUGCUAGACCAGAUUAAAGAGAUGGGUAUGCAUGCGGACUUUGCCAACCUCCAUGCCACCACUGCCGCUUGCUAUGGUAUCGAACAUCUUCUGGAGCUGCUGCAUGACAGGCGGCGCCACCUGGAGGAGCUGUGGAAUCAGCGCAAGAUACGACUAGAGCACUGCUUACAGCUCUGUCAACUGGACCAGGAGGUUAACAAGGUCAGUUCUAGCCUGGUGAAUUCCUUCACUGCUACAAGAGUAACUGUUUCCAAUUUAACUAUAAUAUGAAAUAAUUUUGCACUUCAUAUAUAGCUAUUCUCUAUACAUUUUUUCUCUUAUGAGUUAAGAAACAAACAAAAAAUAUUAGAAUUUUGUUUUACUGUUGGAAAUAAUUUGUAACACUUCUACUUAGCUUUGUAUAAGUAUUUAAAGAAUAAUAAAUAUUUAAGUCAUUUUAAAAUGAUUUAAUCCUAUACAUGUAUGUUUUAUUUUUUACAUGAAGUAUGCCUAAACCAUUGUAAAUGCCGCUACUAAACUCAUAACUUUACAGUUAUCUCAGUGAACACAUUUGAUUUAUUUCCAGAUUUUGGAGUGGUACCGUGGAGUAGGCAACAAUUAUUUACAGAACACCGAACUGGGCAACUCAUACCUUGAGGCCCAACACAUACAGCAAGACCAUAACCAGUUUGAGGCACAUGCCAGAGUAAGGACUUUUUUGAACUAUGACAUUUAUACAAAAUGACACUGAAAUGGCAUAUUAAUUACCAUACCCGGAAAUGCUAUACAAUUUAAUUUUCAUCAAGAGCAAAAUAGGAAAUCUUAAUUUUAUUCUUUGUUGAACUUCUGUAGUAUGGUUAUUUUCUAAAUCUGUCUGCACUAGAUCUUCUGUAUCACAUUCCUUCUAUUCAUACCCCAAAAUGAAGCCUAUGAUUUUUUACUUAUACUAAUGAAAUGAUCAACUUGGUUAUCAGGAAUCCAAACAAUGUGUGGUUUUUUAAAUCAAUGUUUUCAUUACUAAACAAAUGUGCGCUAUUGUUAAUGAACUAAUUCAAAGAUUUAACUAUUAAGAGUUUAAAAAAAAAUCAUUACUGAAAUUCAAAAGAGUUAAAAAUAUAAUACAUAAUUUAUCUUCUUUUAAACAGGAAGUACAAGAGAGUAUGCUUGGACUUCUCAGGACAGCUGAUGGACUUCUGCGUCGUGCAAGUGUUGAUGCAGAAGGAAUCCGUCAGCGCCUCAUUGCAGUAGAUCGCGAGGCAGAAAGCUUCUCAAACCGCCUUGACAACAGACGUAAGAACAUCACAAUGGCGGUAGCUUUCUUCAGACUCGCUGAAACGGUGAGGGUUUUUAUAGUGAGACAUAAUCAUGUGAAUUACCUUCAACGGACAAUUUUUUCUUCUGUUAGAUUUUUUUUUUUUAAAUAAUUAAAAAUUAGCAUCUUAUUAAUAGUGUGAUAUUUUCAAGUGGAACUCAAAAGUAUACAAAUGAUGUUGGUGCUUCAAGCAUGAUUAUGUUACUCCUGUUACUAACUCAGUAGGAAGCAAUGUUCCCUCUAAGAUUUGCUGGUUUGUGUGCAAAAUCAUACAGUUGUGUGCAAGGUUUGACAACAUCAAUUUUUUUAUGUGCAAAAUUUUAAAGCCCACAAACACACACUUACAUGGAAAUUUGCUGCGCGGAUACUCAAAACUGCUGCGCGGUGUCUGUGAGAUAGCCACGCAGCUUAAUGGGAACAUUGGUAGGAAGCCAAGACCACUCAGCCUGAUCUCUUUCACGAUUACAGUAUUUCUCUUGUUAAUUGAGACCAGUGGGAUGAGGACCCCUCUCUCAAAUGCAUUCAAUAUUCUAUUUGUGCUUAGUAGUACCUCAGCAAAUUAAAAUUGUUAAACAUAUACUGCUGUUGUCUGGAGCUGUUGCACACAAAGACACAUAUGUACAUUGCAUAAAACAUUGAUAUAUACAUACCGGGUUGACGAAGUCAGACAUAUUGCUAUUUUGUAAACCCUCUUUUAUAAACUUAUUAUUUGAUAGAUAAUUGAUCAAUAAACCAUUGUAAGUUCUCAAUAGUCCAAUAUUUCCUCUUGCCAGGCUCUAAAUAAACUAGGGGAAGUGGAGUUCCAGCUUAACAACAUGGAUCUCCCAAGAAACAGCGCAGAGUUGGCAGAGCAACAUUCACGCUUGUCUCAGGCCAUCGUUGAUUACUCGACCGAAGCGACUCACGAAGGUCGGCUGCUGCUUGAGAGGGUCAGUAGCACCGACCAAGGGGCGGAUGGCGUGAGACGAAAGGUAUAAAAUAAUUUUGAUAGAAAUUACAUUUUUUGAAAAUAUAAAUGAAGUAAAUGAGUUACAGUUACAAAGAUAUAAGCUUUGACCUGUGAUAGAGAAACGAGUUUUAAAAGUUACUGUAAUCUCAGCUAAACUUUGAAUACAAGCUGACAGAUCUAAUUAGUUUUAGGUUUUUUUUCAUAAUAAAAAAGAAAACUAAUCUUUUACUGUCUCCUAGAUGGAUGAGCUCCUGACCAAGUGCACACUAUUGGAAUCUCUGUGCAAGGCAAGACGUGCGGAGGCAUGGCAGAGAAGCCAGGAGUACCUAACCUAUCAGGAGAAAUACAACAGCGUAAGUCCUACCUCUGUGACUGUUUCAUAAGAUACUAGGUCACAUAUAGGAAUCUGAAUCUGUUCAGUAUUAGCUGUUGUGUAUAAACACAAUUUGUUGUCCACAAAUCUCUGUAAUGUCAUUUACAACAUUUUCUUUCCAGCUUCAGACCUGGCUUCUACAGAUAGGACAGAAUAUUGUGUCCCGCCACAACUCCAUGGGAACGAGCCUUGCCAGCGCUAAAGACUUUUUAGAAGUUCAUGAACAACUAGAUGAAGAUAUCAGGGUAGGUGUACAUUGUUUGCUGUGGUAAAUUACAAAGAAGAAGAAGGAAAGGAAAAAUUAUUUAUUACAUAAUAAAUGUGUUAAAAAGUAAUGUGUUAAAACAAUUAUCAUUAAUUUAUGAUCGAAUCGUCUAAAUAUUUGUAGGCAAGAGAUUUUUCUCAAAUAUUUAUGUCAUAUAGAUUAUGGCUUAACCUGGGAAUAAACCUUGAAGUUGAUUAAAUACAUUUCUACUAUCCUUCUGAUUAGGACAAAAAUGCAGAGUUAUCAGCCUUGUCUGCUGCAGCAUCCAGACUGGUUCAGUCAGGGGACCAAGCUGGACAGCAAGCUGCAGAUAAGGCACGCGACAUUGAACACCAGUUCCAGCGACUGCAACGUGUUGUUGAGACCCGUAUUCAGUUGGCCCUGAUGUAUGUCUCAUUUCAUCGACUCGCACAGCAGGUGAGAAUAUAUUUGGCUUAAUAAAGGUGGCUGACCGGCAUGUACUGGUAUUUAGUGUUUGCAAGUUGAAAUAUUAUUGUGUUUUGUUAUAAGCGGAUUAAUGAUUUUAUAACUCUUAGUUUUCAUCAAUGAAACCGUUAUAAUUUGGUAUUGUAAUAUUUUUGUCUUCAAAUUUUUAAAGGUUUUACUGUUAUUAACAAAAAUUAUUUUCUUGAUCUAAAAAAAAAUAUUUUGUUUUUGACGACCAGUAAUAAAUUAAUGAAUACCUUACUUGUGUAACCAUUUAAAUACCCUUCUAUAACCUCAAUUAUGUUGAAAAAUUUGAAGAAAUUAUUUAAAUAUACCUCAAUCCAACAGCUGUCCAGCAACCUUGAUGCCCUCGAGCACAUUGUUCGGUCAGAGACGGAAGAUUUACAAGAAAUCACAGACACUGCUGUACAAAACCUGCGUGAAAUGUUUUCGAACACAAGACACAUUUUCGACGACCUCAACCUUAAGGGGAAUGAAUUCUUGCAAAAUGCAAGCAUGGUAAAAUAUCUAAGCUGUUGUGAAAAAAUGUUUUCUUAGAUAGUCUUGACGAAAAACAAUUCAUUGCAGAUCUGGCUCUUUGAAAAUGAUAUCUGUCCAUAUUCAUUUGGUUAUAAACGUUUCGCAAUAUUGAUAAUUUAAAAAGUACUCUGAAAAGAAGAGAAAAAUAUUGACUGUCAUUUUUUAUUUCCCAAAGGUAGAAAACAUACAUAUCAAUGCAAUAAUUAAAAUAAAUAAAAUGUUUGAUAAACAUGUGUGUAAUAUAUUUUGAGAUUGAACCAAUGUAAACCAUCUGCCCUUCCUUUGUUAAAGAUUACCGACGACUCCAGCUUGGACAUGAGGGGCCCUGUCCAGACAGUUGAGAGGAUUCUGUCAGACAGUCGCUUCUCCUCAGUGGUCAACUACUGGGAGGCAUGGGAGCAACAUGUCAUCUCCAGCAAACAGUUCAAAUCUCAAUGGCAUCAGUUUGUCCAGGAGGCUAGAAGG